CACGUAAACCAUGGAGGUGAAUCAGAGCAAAAUGAUCACGUUGAAUAGUUCAAACUAUCAGCUGUGGAAAGGGAAAAUGGAGGACCUUCUUUAUGUGAAGGAAUUUCAUGAGCCUGUCUUUUCAGAACAAAAGCUAGACAGCAUGAACGAUGAAGAAUGGAGGCUACUCCAUAGGUACAAAGAUGGCACUCCCACAACAGACCAUGUUAAUGAUUUCCUUGGCAUCAUCAAGGAGUUAGCUAAUUUGGGCAUAGACUUUGAUGAUGAAGUGAAUGGUCUGAUUCUUCUCAACACCUUGCCGGAAUCAUGGGAGAGUUUUAGAUCAACAACAAUCAACUCAUCUCCUGGUGGUCAAGUCACACUGGAAAUUGCCAAAAACAGGAUCUUUGAAGAGGAAAAAAGGAUGCGGGCAUUGGGAGUCUUCUCGCAACCAGAUACUCAAGCUCUUGUCACGGAGAAUAGAAGCAGGAGUAAAACCAAAGAACCCAGAGGACGAGGAGGCAAAUCCAAAUCAAAGUCCAAAAGUGGAGUGAAAUGCUAUCAUUGUAGCCAACUAGACCACAUGAAAAGGAAUUGCUACUUGUUGAAAGGAAAAGACAAGAAAAAGGUUGAAGAUAGCAAUACAACCGCUGUAGCAUCUACCAGUGGCGGUGACGUGACUCUAUUAUGUGAUCGUGGGGAGUGCUGCCAUGUAGAAAACUCAGAUGCUGAGUGGAUAAUUGAUUCUGGUGCCUUUUAUCAUUGUGUUCCCAAAAGGGAAUAUUUUUCAACAUACAAAGCAAGAGACUUUGGCACCAUAAAAAUGGGAAACAAGAGUGUUUCUCAUAUUAUGGGAGUUGGUGAUAUCUGUGUCCAGACAAAUGUUGGAUGCACAUUAACACUGAAAAAUGUGCGACCUGUUCCCGAUAUGCGUAUGAAUCUGUUGUCUGCAAAAGCACUGGAUGAAGAAGGAUAUGCACACUACUUCGGGAAUGGCAACUGGAAACUCACCAAAGGAUCAAUGGUGGUGGCAAAAGGGAGAGCAUGUUGCUCAUUAUACAAGACACACAUGAAAAUGUGUGGAGGUCAACUGAACACAGUUGAAGAUGAGGCUUCUCCAAAUUUAUGGCAUAAUAGAUUAGCUCACAUGAGUGAGAAAGGAUUGCAACUUUUGGCUAAGCAGUCCCUUAUUCCCAUGGCCAAAGGUGAAUAUGUGAAUCCUUGUGAUGUUUGCCUAUUUGGAAAGCAACACCGAGUUUCUUUUCAGAAGAAUUUGACUCGGAAGGAGAACAAGGUAGACUUGGUCUGCUCUGACGUUUGUGGUCCCCUGGAGGUAGAGUCAUUUGGUGCCAAUAAAUAUUUUGUUACCUUUAUUGAUGAUGCAACUCGGAAGACUUGGGUAUACUUGUUGCAGAAUAAAAGCCAAGUUUUCAAGUAUUUCCAGUAUUACCAUGCUAUGGUGGAAAGGGAGACAGGGUUGAAGUUGAAAUGUCUCCGUACAAAUAAUGGAGGGGAGUACACCUCCAAAGAAUUUAGAGACUACUGUUCCAAGCAUGGCAUGAGGCAUGAGAAGACAGUUCCUGGCACACCACAACAUAACGGUGUUGCAGAACGGAUGAACCGUACCAUUGUGGAGAAAGUUCGAUGCAUGCUAAGAAUGACAACUCUACCUAAGCCAUUCUGGGGUGAAGCAAUCAACACAGCAGUUUAUUUGAUCAACCGGUCACCUUCAGUUCCUUUGAAUUUUGAAAUCCCAGAGAAAGCUUGGAUGGGAAAGGAUGUUGGAUACUCUCACUUGAGAGUGUUCGGGUGCAAAGCAUUUAUGCACGUGCCAAAGGAACAGAGAUCAAAGCUGGAUGAUAAAGCCAUUCCAUGCAUUUUUGUUGGAUAUGGUGAUGAGGAGUUUGGCUAUAGACUAUGGGACCCAGAAAAGAAGAAAACUGUCAGAAGUAGAGAUGUUGUGUUUCAUGAACACGAGAAAAUUAAUGAUUUGAAGGAGAAAAAAGCUACAAGAAGCUCUGGAGAGGGUGUAGAAGAUCUAACACCGGCAAAAACUCCUUCAAGAAAAAUUACAAAUGAAGAAGAGGAGGUGCAGUCUCACAAAGACAAAGACUGCUGGAUGAAGGCCAUGCAGGAUGAAAUGAACUCCCUACACAAGAACAAUACUUAUGAGCUUGUGGAACUUCCCAAAGGAAGAAAAACCCUGAAAAACAAGUGGGUAUUCAAGCUCAAGAAAGAUGGUGACAAGAUAGUCAGAUAUAAGGCUCGAUUGGUGGUAAAGGGCUUCAGUCAGAAAAAGGGGAUUGAUUUUGAUGAAAUAUUUUCCCUAGUGGUAAAGAUGAGCUUGAUUUGCGUUGUGCUUGGUCUAGCAGCAAGCAUGAAUCUUGAGCUUGAGCAGUUGGAUGUGAAAACUGCAUUUCUCCAUGGUGACUUGCAUGAGGAAAUUUAUAUGGAUCAACCAGAAGGUUUUGAAGAUAAAGGGAAGGAACAUAUGGUUUGCAAGUUGAAGAAGAGCUUGUGUGGACUAAAGCAAGCUCCAAGACAAUGGUACAAGAAGUUUGAUUCUUUUAUGAUGGGUCAUGGUUAUAAAAGAACAAAUGCAGAUCCAUAUGUUGAGAAAAUUUGCAAGUUAAAAGAGGAGUUAUCAAAGUCCUUUGGCAUGAAGGACUUGGGACCAGCAAAGCAAAUUAUGGGUAUGGCUAUUACCCGUGAUAGAAAGGCUGGGAAGCUGUGGUUAUCACAGGAAAAGUAUGUUGAACGGUUGCUUGAAAGGUUCAACAUGAAACAUGCUAAGCCAGUUAGCACUCCUCUUGCAAAUCACUUCAAGCUAAGUAAACGAUCUUGUCCAACUACCAAAGAAGAAAAGGAGAAAAUGUCACCUAUUCCUUAUUAUUCUGCAGUCGGUUCACUGAUGUAUGCAAUGGUAUGUACACGGCCAGACAUUGCCCAUGCUGUUGGUGUUGUGAGUAGAUUCUUGUCUGAUCCAGGCAAGAUUCACUGGGAAGCUGCUAAGUGGAUCUUCAGAUAUCUGAGAUGAACUACCAAGUUGUGUUUGACAUUUGGGCAAACUAAACCAAUUCUAAAGGGAUACACAGAUGCAGACAUGGCAGGUAACCUUGAUAAUAGAAAAUCUAUAUGGUAUUUAUUCACUUUUGCAGGGGGAGCUGUAUCAUGGCAAUCAAAAUUACAGAAGUGU